AUGUGCCUACGUUUCCGGGAUGAUGAUCGGACCCAAGUCGGCUCUGAAGGAUCAAGAACACGUUAUCCUUCAGAUGUCAGUAACAGGCAGUCCACAAAUAAACGUAUUCAGUAUAUGCAAAACCUCAGGAAAGAGAAGAGGAAGUUAAGUAAGCGCUUUGCAAGGCCUACUCCCCUUCCAGAACCAGGACUCCAUGUAAGUAAACAGCUGCCAUCAAAAUGA